ACUCUUUAAUUCUUUUUGUCACCUUUUUUCCCCUUAUUUCUAGUUUCUCGCGAAAAAGAUGAGAGAUUCAUCAAUCACAAAUUAUUCACAAUUCCACAGGCAAGACUAGGGACACCCUCCUAUACUAGCGGGUUUCCUCGUAUUCAAUCUCGUUCCAGCACCUCCUUGACUCUGUUUUGCUCAUUAGUUUUUGUUUGAUAUCCGUUUCCAUUAAUUUAUUACAUGAAAUAAUCUACGAGCCUGUCAAUAUUGGAAGCUGGCACCAGGUUCUAACCAGCUGGUGCUUUAAAAGAUUUGUGCGCAAUAUUUGUCUGUUCCUCUUAUUUGCAUUUAAAUCCUUUUGAGAACUUCAAAAGGGUAACUCAGAUUUGCUUUCUGCUCUGGGAUUACACAUCUGGGUGUCUCUCUUGGAGCUCACAUGAUCCGAAAGGUGCCAACUUUUCUCUUCCUUGUUCAGUUUGUUUCAUAUGUGUUUUUAUUUCAAUGGUGUUUGUGAGUCUUUGUAUCGCUCUUCCUGUACAAGAACCCUGGAUUUCAUUCGAAACCUAGCUUAAAGAAAACCUCUAUCUUUGUUCUUUAAUAAACUUUCGAUGUUUAUUGUGAUGGGCAGCAGAAAACCUGAGUUGUUAAUCUGGGUUUUAUCAAUUUUGUCCCUGACAUGCUUUUCUAGUGGAUUUAAUCCUGUAGACAGUUACCUAGUAAACUGUGGAUCAUCCACCAAUACUUCAAUAGGUGACCGUGUGUUCGUUGCCGAUAACUUGGCUUCAAAUUUGCUGUCAACCCCUCAAGAUAUUCUUGCCGAAACCUCUUCAAAACCAUUCACUUUCUCUGAAGAUUCAGCGCUGUAUCAGACAGCAAGAGUCUUUACUGGAUCCUCAAAAUACACGUUUUCGAUCCGACAGAGUGGGAGGCUGUGGAUCCGCCUCUAUUUCUACCCAUUCGUAUAUAAUACUUACAAUAUGAGUGCGGCAAAAUUUUCUGUUUCAACUCAAGACCAUGUCCUUCUGAGCAAUUUCGGUGUUAAAAACACUUCUAUCCUCAAAGAAUUUUCAUUAAAUGUGACAUCAAACAUACUUGUAAUCACCUUCACACCUUUGGACAAUUCAAUCGCUUUCUUAAAUGCCAUAGAAGUGGUUUCGGUCCCUGAUGGGCUUAUUAAUACCAAUGAUGCCGACACUGUUAAUUCACCAACAAGGUUCCAUGGGUUGUUGCCUCUAGCACUUGAGACGGUAUGGAGGGUGAACAUGGGUGGACCAAAAGUCACCUUUGAUAAUGAUACACUUUGGCGAACUUGGGUUCCAGAUCGAAGUUUUUUACUACAGGAAAACUUUGCCAAAGAUAUCUCAAAUAUUGCAGCUGUUCGGUACGUUGACGGUGGGGCAACAGAAGAUAUAGCUCCACCCACUGUCUAUGGUACUGCCACAGAGAUGAACUCAUCAGGUGAUCCUAACAGCAACUUCAAUAUUAGCUGGGAGUUCAAUGUGGAUCCGGGAUUUCAGUACCUUGUUCGGUUUCACUUUUGUGAUAUUGUAAGUAAAGGUCUUCACGAGCUCUACUUCAAUGUUUACAUCGACUCAUGGGUUGUUCUUAGGGACGUUGAUCUGACUACUUAUUCCUUCAACACCUUGGGUGCUGCAUUUUAUAUGGAUUUUGUUACGUUGUCAGCUGUUAGCAGUAAGCUCCGUGUAAGUAUUGGCCCAUCUACUCUAAGUGGUACUUACCCCAAUGCUAUCCUAAAUGGGCUGGAGAUCAUGAAAAUGAACAAUUCUAUGGGCAGUCUGAGUGCAGCAGCCUCUAUGAUUAUUCCUUCAGAUUCAAGUUCAAAGAAAAAUGUUGGUGUGAUAGUAGGUGUAAGCAUUGGGGCCUUCAUUACAGUGGUAUUAGCUGUAAUUCUCUUUGUGUUGUGCCGAAAAGGAAAAAAACUGGCGCUUCAAAGAAAUUCAAAGACAUGGGUUCCGAUAACCAUCAAUGGAGGAAAUUCUCAAUCCAUGGGAAGUAAAUACUCUGGUGGAACGGCUGCUAGUGCUAUUUCUAACUAUGGCUAUCGCAUUCCUUUUGCAGCAGUUCAAGAAGCUACAAACAACUUUGAUGAGAGUUGGGUUAUUGGGAUUGGUGGUUUCGGGAAAGUGUACAAAGGCGUUCUAAGCGAUGGUACGAAAGUGGCAGUUAAGAGAGGAAAUCCUAGGUCCCAACAGGGACUUGCAGAGUUUCAAACUGAAAUCGAGAUGCUGUCUCAGUUCCGCCAUCGCCAUCUUGUUUCGUUGAUUGGAUACUGUGACGAAAAGAAUGAGAUGAUCUUGGUUUAUGAAUAUAUGGAGAAUGGGACCCUCAAGAGUCAUCUUUACGGUUCAGGUCUUCCCAACUUGAGUUGGAAGCAGAGGCUUGAGAUAUGCAUUGGAUCAGCUAGAGGACUCCAUUACCUCCACACAGGAUAUGCAAAAGCAGUUAUUCACCGCGAUGUAAAGUCUGCUAAUAUCUUGCUUGAUGAGAAUCUCAUGGCGAAAGUUGCUGAUUUUGGGCUCUCAAAGACAGGACCUGAAAUUGACCAGACUCAUGUCAGUACAGCAGUGAAAGGAAGUUUUGGGUAUCUUGAUCCAGAAUAUUUCAGAAGGCAACAACUGACGGAGAAGUCAGAUGUGUAUUCAUUUGGUGUGGUUUUGUUUGAAGUUCUUUGUGCAAGGCCUGUGAUAGAUCCAUCCCUUCCAAGGGAAAUGGUGAACUUAGCUGAAUGGGCAAUGAAAUGGCAAAAUAGAGGGCAAUUGGAACAGAUAAUAGAUUCUACUCUAGUGGGAAAAGUUAGACCAGAUUCUCUAAGGAAGUUUGGAGAGACUGCUGAGAAAUGCUUGGCUGACUUUGGUGUUAAUAGACCUGCUAUGGGAGAUGUCUUGUGGAAUCUCGAAUAUGCUCUUCAACUUCAAGAGGCAGUUACUGAUGGUGAUCCUGAAGAAAACAGUACUAAUAUGAUUGGUGAACUCUCUCCACAAGUGAACAGUUUCAGUGGCGGCAGUACUAAUGUUUCUGCUACCCAGUUUGGUGUGUCAGUCGUGGAUGAUCUUUCAGGUGUUUCCAUGAGUAGGGUGUUCUCACAGCUGGUGAAGUCCGAGGGUAGGUGACAGUGUGAGAUGGUGUACUCUGUGCCCUGUGAUUUCAGCAACUUUCUAAUAAGAUUUUUGGGUCUUUUUCUUCUGAGGGAAAACUGUUUGCGAAAUUACGGUAGAUAGGGGGUUAUCUUGACUCUGUUAUCCAUAAAAUGAGACCCCGUAUCUCAUUGUACAAUAUUUGGGUUGUUUGUUUGAUUACUAGAAAAUCCAAAGGGGUACUCUGCUCCUAAUCUAUAGUGCUCAAAAUGUUUAUAGAGGUGUCCUUGGUGGAGUGCUGCAAUCAAACUACCAUGAGCAUUGUUAGUUUUAUUUUGUACAGAAGGGCCGGUGGUUCAAGUGAGUUUUAGCAGUUUGUAAGAAUGUUGCAGCUUCGUUGUCAAGCAGUGUACGCGUUUAUCUUUUUUUAUUUGUAUGAAGUAACAUGGUUAACAAAACAUUUACCAUUAUUA